GGCAAUAUUGCAAAACUACUACUACCAUCACCAUGCAUGCAAAAAAUGUACAUUUUCACCGGAUUUUUACGACACAAUCCUCCGGCGACCCAAAAGGGAGUGUUGAAGAGGUGAAAACCCGACCGGGACGGUCUCCGGCAGAACAAUUUGCACCUCUAGAAACGACAUUUAGGCGGCGGCUAUUAGUUGGUGUUGGGUCAGCUUCUCUAGUAGCUGUUGGUGCAAAUUUUGGUGGGUUAACAAGUUUUCUUCUUGGGGUAUCGCCGGAAAGUGGGAGGAACCUUAAGCUGGAUUUGAUUUAUCCUAUUGGAGGGUACAGUCGUUGCGUUGAGACAAAUGAAGGAUUUGAAUUUAUAUACCCAGCAAAAUGGGUUGGAGAUCAAACGCUGUUAUAUCGAGCAGUGGAAAAAACAGAAUCUGAACGAGCACUUGAUCCACCUCCCAUAAACACGGCCAAUUCCAACAACCGGCGACGGAGUAUCAAUGAACCAGUUGUUGCAUUUGGUCCGCCCGGAACUCGCGGCGAGCUCAAUGUUAGCGUCAUUGUGUCUACGGUUCCUCCAGACUUCUCAAUUGAAGCAUUUGGAGGAGCAAAAGAAGUGGGAGAAGCAGUGGUUCGGAGCAUCACAGGAUCGAGCAGACGCCCUGAUGUUAAAGGGUCAUUGAUAGAAUCAACUCUAAGAGAGGAUCCUGUACAGAAUGUCAAAUACUAUGAGCUGGAAUUCAGAGUUGAGAGCCCCUCGUUCCGCAGGCAUAAUCUUGCCGUUUGUUGCUCUCGUGGCGGCCGGCUUUUCACUCUAAAUGCUCAGGCACCAGAAUCAGCAUGGCCGGAGGUGAAAUCAGACUUCCAGAAAAUUGCUCAUUCAUUUACUCUGACCUCCUGAUAAGAAGGAGAAAUACAAGGAAAGCACUGCAGUUUCUUUUUCUUUUUCUUUUCUUUUUAUCUUUUCUUUUUGGAUGAAUAAAGCAGUAAAGUUUCUACCUUGAAACACAUGAUUUAACGAGAAAGUCGACUUUUUUUUCA